AUGACAUCUGAACAAGUCGCGGAGUUGGAGAAGCGUGCCGCCGCCGCCGAGUUGGCUAUAGCAGAGUUGAAGGCAAAACUGCAGGAAGAAUCCCUAAAGAAUGCGGCGGCUGGUAAUAAUAAUAACGCGGCGCUGGAGUCUAAAUUGCGGCAGUUGCUGGAUCUCAUGCGGGAGGACCGGCAGGAGUGUGAGGCCAUUCGCGCCCAGCGGGAUGAGUUGAAGGAAGAGAAUGAGCGACUGCGCACGCAGGUCUCAAAGCAUGAGUACCGUAUUAAACAUCUCCUGAGGACUAUCAACGAAAUUGAGUCAGCGAAACAGUAA